AUGUUGGAAGGGGAUGCUCAGCACUGGUGGCAGGGCAUUCAAUGUUUACUGCAGCAAGAUGAGGGUAAUAUUUUGUGGGAUGUUUUCAAAGAAGAGUUCUAUAAGAAGUACUUUCCUAGAGCUACUCGUAAGGCAAAGGAGAUGGAGUUGAUGCAGUUGAAACAGGGAAGUAUGUCCGUUGCUGAGUAUACAAGGAAGUGUGAAGAUUUAUGUCAUUUUUCCAAGGUUUGUCAAGGGAAUCUAGCAGAUUUCGAAGAGUGGAAAUGUUUGAAAUUUGAAGGGGGACUCCGUGAAGAUUUGUUGAUCUCAGUGGUUCCAUUGGAAAUACGGAAAUUUUCGGAGUUGGUUAAUAAGAGUCAGCUAGUAGAGGACUGUGCUAAGAAGAUAGUUGUAGCUCGGAUGAAUCGCCCAGGAUCUUCUUUUCAGAAUUAUAAUCGGUAUACAGCUCCUCAGGGAAGGAAUUUUAAGCAGGGAGCAAUGCCUUCACGAAGGUACAAUCAGAAUAGAAAUGUUCAUGCACGUCCUACAGGAGGGAAUGGAGGAAGAACGAGACAGGAUAUGGGUAAGCGACCUCAGCAGGCGCAGAUGCGACCAGUAUGUAGGCAGUGCGGAAAGGAGCAUGGAGGUAGACCUUGUCAGCUUACAGGCGUUAUCUGUUUUUCUUGUGGUCAGCCUGGACAUAUGGUUAAGGACUGUCCGAAGAAGCCAGUACAAGGAAUAGAUAGGCCGCGACAGCAAGGACGUGUGUUUGCUAUGACUGCUGAUGACGCAAUGAAAUCAGACUCCCUAAUUCAAGGUCAGUGUUAUGUCAAAUCUCGACUCUUAAUUGUACUGUAUGACUCUGGUGCAUCACAUUCAUUUAUUUCUGAGACUGUUGCGCAUGAGUUGGGAUUAGAUUUCACCUUGUUAGAUUAUAAUCUAAUUGUUCAUAUUAUCUUAGGUCUAGAUUGGUUGUCCAAGCAUCAUGUUUUCCUUGAUUGUUUUAAAGGAAUUGCUACAUUUCCAUCAUCUGAAAUGCACACUGAACCAGUUGAGUCUUGUACUUUCUAUUUGAAUUCCCUAAGAGUUAUUUCUAGUAAUAGUGGGUUAGAGGGUUACGUUCUACUAUCGGCUAGCUCAGAAACUAAUGAACAAGACUUGGAGCAAAUCCGAGUGGUGAAGGAGUUUCCUGAUAUUUUUCCGGAUGAUAUACCUGAGUUUCCACCUCAGAGAGAGAUAGUGUUUAGUAUUGAUCUGGUUCCUAGAGCCAGACCAAUUUCUAUAGCACCGUAUCGGAUGUCACCAUUGGAAUUAGCAGAGUUAAAGAAGCAGUUGAAUGAAUUGCUGGGGAAGAAGUUUAUUCGUCCGAGUGUAUCACCAUGA